ACCGUCUGACACCUUAGUCUCAACGUGUCAUUAAAAGACAUUUUAUGUCACAUAUAUAUACGUGUCUACAAAGUGCACAAAGAAACUUUAAUCUUCUAUCUUCUAUACCAUUGUUGGAGAAAGAUGAAUACAUCAAAGGGAAGUGAACGAAUAAACGAGGAAGGAAAUGUGGAAAUCAAGGUGGAUUCGGUGGAUUACCGGUCACCGGCCGGAUACGAUAAGGACGAUAAGCCGGUGAAAGAGAAGGUGGAAGUUACUCAUGUCAUUGAUCCUAAAACUCAAGAUCCUGCAAGUAAUUAUGCGAACCCGGGUGAGGCGUUGUCGAGCCGAGUCAACUCGGCUAAACCCUCCACUAGUAAGCAAGAAAAGUAACAGUACGUGUUUGAAUGUUGUAUUAUGAGUGAUAUUUUUCUCUGAAUAAAUUAACCAACUAUUAUGAAAGGGUUAUGUAA